AUGUGCCACUUUCAGGUCUCCUCACACUGCUGGUGUGUUCAAUUUUUUGACAUAGGGUGCUGGCAGAUUACGGGCCUCCCAUAGCUGCUGCCAGGCCCCUAAUCUGCCAUGGGCCCCUAUAUACUGCCUCCUCAUGCUGCUGCCAAGUCCAGAGUCUCUCAUGGGUCCCUGUACGGCCUCCCAUUGCUGCUGUCUCCAUCGCCACACUCUGCCAUGUGCCACUUUCAGGUCUCCUCACACUGCUGGUGGGUUCCAUUUUGUCAUAGGGUUGCUGUAUGGCCUCCCAUUGCUGCUGCCUCCACCGCCACACUGUGGCUCCAAACACUGGUUUUGGCCCUCCGUGACUGCCAAAAUGAGUGAAGUGUGCGGUGAUUCUAAGAUCGACGGCACUCAUCUGCAUGUCAUACUGACUGACAGUAUUAUUUCUCUUCCCCAGCAGACUCCAAGGGCAUUUAAAUUAAAGGUACAGUGUUCUGCACUAAUAUUA